UUUACAUGUAUUGUCGAAAGUUUUUAUCGCUGUUCGUCAAUUCGGUAGUACCGGUAGCUCGGAGUGGGGAUCGAAAAUCGAACAACUUGAAAGCAUCAACAUCUCUCCCAACCCAACCCGAGUUGUCUACCACCAACCAGACUAUAUCAGCUUGAUAACCAUGAGGAUAGUACGGUCAACAUAUGUGAGCUUCUUGCUCUUUCUGUCGCUCGCAUCGUCAGCCAGAGCUUCGCAUGAUUCCUAUGGGGGUUUUCUCAUCGAAGAAAUCGAAGAGCAACGUGAGCUAGGUGGUCAAUCCUAUUGCUAUGAUAGCUCCGAUUGUCCGUCCGACCGCUGGUGUGAUAAGUCGAAGAACAAAUGCUUCCAUAAACGUGAGAAUGGUGAGCAAUGCAAUCGCGACGAAAAAUGUCGAAGCGACAACUGCAAAAAUGACAAGUGCAAACCCGACUAUGACGAGUGCCAUUACGAUUACGAUUGCCCGUACGACUUUGUCUGCCACAAUGGCCAUUGUGUCUACGAUGAAGGAUGUUCCAAUGACCGAGAUUGUCCUUACCAAUACUACUGCCACGACGGAGACUGCGUGUACUACGACGGAUGUUACGCCGAUGGCGAUUGUCCGUACGAUUACUCCUGUGAACACGGUCAGUGCGUGCGGCGCCAUCAGUGCUACCAAAACAGCGACUGCCCUCGAGGCAAGCAUUGCAUUUCCGGAACCUGCCAGUGGUAUCAACAUGAUUAUUGUUCACAUGAUUACGAGUGCGACCACGGCUACUAUUGCAACGAAGGGAAUUGCGUUAAUCUCUGUUAUGACGACGAAGAUUGCGGGGACUAUUAUUGGUGCGAUCACGAUUACUACGAAUGUGUGGAGAGGCUAGGAAAUGGCGAUCGCUGUGAGUACAACUACGAAUGCAGCAGUGGUUGGUGCGAUACCUAUCAAAAUCCCAGUCGAUGUCGACGACAAAAACCUAGUGGCUACAGCUGCCAUCACAACUACCAAUGCCUCAGCGACUUUUGCUACGAGGGAGAAUGUACAGACAAACUCUACAUUGGGGAGUAUUGUGACAGCGAUGACGAGUGCCACAGUGGAUUCUGUUCCUGUGACUAUCCCAACAUUUGCACCUAUCCUAAGCCAGACGGCGUCUAUUGUGAUAGAAAUUGCGAAUGCGAAAGCGACUGGUGUUACCACGGACAAAUUUGCAAGAACAAGUAUCGGGAUGGAGCAUACUGCGAUUACGGUUUUGAGUGCGACAGUGGUUGGUGUUACGGUGAUCGUUGUACGGCCAAACUUGCUCUUGGAGACCCCUGUGUCGAAGAUGAUCAUUGCGACUCAGGUUCUUGUGACAAUCACCCCUGCGGCCACUGGCCUGUUGGAGGACAUCACUGCGGAUCGCACAGGUGUGUGCCAGUGGAGGGAGACUAUGGAGACUACUGCACACAUGACUACCAAUGCAAGUCAGAUUCUUGCGUCAACGACAUCUGCAUUCACUAUGCUCAUGGAAAUCCUGGCAGGCAUUAUGAUACUUAUUACGAGCAUCGGUAGCUCUGUGCUGCUAUCAUCAUUCAACAGAGGCGAAUGCAUACCGUACCAGACACCCUGUUCUCCAUUGAGGGUAGGCCAUUAAUAGCUAUGGCAGGUAUUGCAAUUGGAUAGGCCCGAAUGGACAAGCGGAGGACUAAACAUACCUAGUUUCAUUUUUCAUGUG